AUGUUGGCUUUACCUAAUAUAAAACAACGCGUCUUAAUCGUUGGGCAGCCAUGAUUAACGAAUUGGACGGCGAACAGGACGAAGUUUGAAUAAAAGCCUUCUUUUGAAUUCAUUGUCGACAAAUUCCACUUUUCCUGUUGUCUUUAUUCGGGUAAAUCCCAUGUUGAUUUAAUUGUUAAUCCCAUUUAGUUUUAUUUCUCUUAUGAAUCAACAUAUUUAAUCAAGUUCUACUUCCAUACGACUGACUUGUGCACUUUUCUUGUACGAAAUUUCACUGACAAGAUCUUCUCAAUGGAGCCACUGUCUCUGAAUGUCACCAUUUCUCAAGAGAAUGGCCGAAGUAUGCUUGCCAAUUUUGAUGUUGAGAAGAAAAUUGGUAAGGGUCAGUUUUCAGAAGUGUACAGGGCCAGAUCAAGACCAAAUGGAAGUGUAGUUGCUUUGAAAAAAGUUCAGAUUUUUGAAAUGGUUGAUGCAAAAGCUCGUCAGGAUUGUAUAAAAGAAAUAGAUUUAUUAAAGCAACUCGAUCAUCCAAAUGUUAUAAAAUAUUUAGCAUCAUUUAUUGAGGAAAAUGAACUGAACAUUGUACUUGAACUUGCCGAUGCUGGAGACUUGUCCCGCAUGAUAAAGCAUUUCAAACAGCGUAGCCGGCUGAUUCCUGAGAAAACCAUCUGGAAGUACUUCAUUCAGAUUUGCAGUGCCCUGGAGCACAUGCAUUCUCGUAGGAUUAUGCACAGAGACAUAAAGCCUGCCAAUGUCUUCAUUACAGCACAAGGAAAAGUAAAAUUGGGUGAUUUAGGUCUUGGACGAUUUUUCAGUUCUAAGACUACUGCAGCCCAUUCUCUUGUUGGAACUCCCUAUUAUAUGUCUCCAGAAAGAAUACAUGAGAAUGGAUAUAAUUUCAAAUCAGAUAUUUGGUCCCUUGGGUGUUUGUUAUAUGAGAUGGCAGCCUUACAAUCUCCAUUCUAUGGUGACAAGAUGAAUUUGUAUUCUCUGUGUAAGAAAAUAGAACAGUGUGAUUAUCCACCUCUACCUUCAGAUAUCUAUUCCCAAGAGCUUCGUAGGCUUGUUGAGAUGUGUAUCAACCCUAACCCGGAACAGCGUCCUGAUAUAAACUAUGUAUACAAUAAAGCCAAAACAAUGCAUGCAUACAGCUGUGAAUCUCAACAACAGCAGCAACUACAGCAAUUGCAAGAACAACAGCACCAGCAAUUGCAAGAACAACAACAGCAGCAGCUGCAAUUACAGCAACAGGCUCAGCUACAGCUAUCACCUCACCAGUUUCUACAGCAGCAGCAACAACAACAACAAAUGCAGCAAUUAACACAACAGCACUUAAUGCAACCUCAACAACAGUAACUACAGCAGCAGUAAUCAAGCUCAACUAUCCAUUGUAGAAUAUCCAGCAGCUUGUUUGUUGAUGUUGUUGGAUGAUGGUCAUGAUUGUAGACCAUUCUCCCAGCAUGUGAUAUCUCCAAUAAUAAUAAUAACUGGAGAUCUCACUAACUAACAUUCCAUCUACCACUGAUGAGACAUCAUUUGGCUAUUUGACCUUCUUGAAUUACCAUCUUAUCUUUUGUUGCAUGUAUAUUUAGUUUAUGAAAACUUUUUUCCUCUUAUGUCUUUAUAAUGUCUCUAGUGCUUUUUUUACAUUCUGAGUUCAAAUCCCCUUCUGAGUCAGCUUUGUCUUUCAUCAUUCCAGGGUCAAUUAAGUACACCAGUUAAAUACUAGAGACAGUUUACCCCUUUACCAUUUAAUCAAAUGUAGUGCUUUUUUAUUCACAUUAGUUUGAAUUAAUCAUGUAUUAUCUUGUAACUUCAAGAUUUUGAUGAUGUUAUUUUUUUAAUUUUUAGAAUGACAUUUGCAAGGUAGGAGUGAGUGGCUGAUCUGGCCAGUUUGGACAUAAAACAGGCAGAAUAUUUGAGCCAGAUAUGGCCAGUUUAAAUGCUAAUGAGUUAAUCAACUGCACCAUACCCACCACCACUAUCCAAAUUUCUGGCCUAGAAAGUGAACUGGCAGAAUUGUUAGUCUUGUACAAAGUGCCUUAUGGUAUUUCUUCUGACUCAUAUUUUGAGUGCAAAUACCACCGAGGUCAAUUUUGUGGUUGACAAACUAAAGUACCAGUCGAGUAUUAGGAUCUAUAUAAUUGACUAACACCUUCACCACCUACAUUUCAGGCCUUUUAUCUCAACUCCUUUUACAUUCUAAGUUCAAAUCCCAUUUAGGUCAACUUUACCUUUCAUCCAUUUGCAGUUGGUUGAAAUAAUGUACCAGCCAAGUAUUGGGGUUGAUGUAAUCAACUAAUUCCCUUUCACAGGCCUUGUAUUAUUACCUUCUUCAUUAUUAUCAUUAUUAAGGCAGCAAGUUGACAGAAUCAUUUGUGCAUCAGACAAAAGGCUUUCUAGCAUUUCUUCUGGCUUUAUGACUUGAAUUCAAAUUCCACUGAGGUUGAUUUUGCAUUUCAUUGUUUCAGGGUCAAUAGAAUAAGCACCUGUCUAUAACUGGGGUUAAUGUAAUUGACUGCCCUCUAUCCACCAAAAUUUCAUGCUUUGUUUCUAUAUUAGAAAGGAUUAUUCUUAAGAUGACUAGCUGGCAGAAUCAUCAGACAAAAUGCUUAGUGGCAUUUCUUCCAGCUGUUUACCUUAUAAUUUCAAAUUCUACCAGCUUUGCCUUUCAUCCUUUGAGGAUUGAUAAAAUAAUGUACCUGUUGAGCACUGGGGUCUCUGUAAUCACCUAUCCUCUCUAUUCAAAACUGUUGGUCGUAUACCAAAAUUCGAAACCAUUCUUGUUAUAAAGGUGGUGGAGGGAAUGGCAAGUCAGUGGAUUGUGGUAUAAAAUGCCUUAUAAUAUCUACUUAUGUCCCUUUACAUUCAGGUUUCAAUUUUCACCUCAGUAAAAUUUAUUUUCCUUUCAUCCUAAGAAAAAAAGUAUUAGUCAUGCACUGAGGUAGAUCCUGUACUGUUCCUUCCUGCAAAAUGUGUGGCUUUUUGCCUAUUUUAGAAACUUUUUUUUUUUAGUAUCGGAUGGACAAAAGUAGUAGUUGUUGGUAUUUAGUUAUAUCUUGAAUUCAGAUUCUUCUAAGGUUAACUGAUCUUUCCUUGUCUUUAUAGUUGAUAAUUUAGAUACUUGUUAUGUACUGGGAUCACUUCAUUCAAUUAGUUUCUCUCUUUGCAGACUUGCUACUUUUUGACUGCAUCACCUCUCAAAAAAAAAAAAAAAAAAAAAAAAAAAUGGGGCUCCAUUCCAGUUGAUAAACUUUUUUACAUCAAUGCAUCUAAAACCUGCUAAACUAUGCCUUCUUUCACAUACCACAACUACACUCACCAACAAAACUACAGCCCCCACAUUUUCACUUUUCAACUGUAUCUUCUUUACAUUAUUUACAUUAUUUACAUUUGAUGGAUAUUCGUCCUCAUCUUGUUUGUUGUUAACACAACGUUUCGGCUGAUAUACCCUCAGCUGAUAUAUAAUGUAAAUAAUGUAAAUAAUUCCUCAUCUCUUAAAUAUAGAACUGUAUCUUCUUUCUCUUCUACUAUUCCACUGCUGUUACAAUAGCUUCUGUACCUCUGCAUUUAAUGAAUAUGUACUAUCUGCUUGACCCUUUAGCAUUCAAACCAGCGAUAUCUAGGGUCCAAAUAUUCUACUUGUUUUACUGUUCAAAUUAGCCAGAUCUGGCCUCCUUACCCUACAAUAUCAUUCUAAAAAUAAUCAAUCACAUCAUGGAAAUCUCAAAGCUACAAGAUAAAGCAUGAUUAAUUCAAAACAAUGUGAAUAAAUAAGCAUUACAUUUGACAGUAAUCUGAAUGCUGAAGGGUUAAAGCCAUUCAUCCUACUCACCUUCACUUCCCACACACUUCUCUGUUUCACCCUCCCUAAAUUCUUCUGCAUGCUCUCUCUUUUUCUAUCAUUUUUUUUUUCAUCUUUUUUUAGCAUUCGAGAAAUUUUCCAACUGAACAUUAACCAUAUUUGAGUGACUCCUAACAUCCUGUUGAAUAUGUCUACACCAAAAGCCCAGUAUUAAAAUGAUUUUAUUACAAAAGAGCAAUGAAUGAGAGAAGGGAUUAGUUGUUUCUCCACUUUCAUUAGAAAAUUCCAUGCUUCUUCAAAAUGAAUGUAAACAAGAUUAAUAUAAUUUGAGAUGCCAUGCAUUUCAGGUCUGGUUGGCUGAUGCAGUACUAUGUUGUACAAGGAGUUAAGAGUUAAUACUGCUAAUUAUUAACAUGCUAAAGUUUUUUCUUCCCUCUGACCCCGUAUCUUGCACUUAUAUUCUUUUCUCCCUCCUCCAGCAAGCCAGCCAUUAACAUUAUUAUUAAAUAUAUUUGAUUAACACUGCCAGUUAUUGAUAUUAAUACCACCUUCUUGGCUAUAGUUGAUCUCUCUUCACUCAGUGCUGAUGGUAUUGACUCUUUAUUUUAUCAACUAUUGUAGGAUGAAAGACAAAAUGUGCUUUAGCAGGAUUUGUAGUUUGACAUGAACUUUUAUUUUUCCUGAAAAAUAAUGUCUCCCAUAUUCAAUUCUGUAUGUCUCAUGUAAUUUAGUUCAAGUGCAAUGCAAAAAUUUAAGUGGUUACACAAUAAUGAAAGCAAACCCAGUUCAACAUGGUGGGUCUUUAUAUCUCUAAAUCCCUUCUCUUGAAAGGCCAAGAUUUUGGGGAGACAAUUCACCACAUUUAGCAAUUUAAAUACCAGGAUGAUGAUAAACAUUAAGUAAUCAUUGUCAUACCAUGACAAUUCCUACUGAGGAUAGCUCUUUGUUCACUUCUAUGGAAGAGCUUUGAUGGAGCAGAUAUUGCCAAUAGUCGUGACUGUUCUUUCUUGACACCUUCAAAAUGCACAUCACUCCCCAUAGUUUCAACUUGUACAGAGAUGAUAGCUUAACAAUCUCAUACAAAAUGAAUGGCUUUUCCAUAGAUGGCUUCUACUAUAACGAUAGUUAAUUUUUAGGUCAGAAUACAUAGAGAACAACACCCUUCCAACACACCAAAGAAGAACUAGCAAGAAGGUAACUUAGUUUAAUCCACCAUUCAACUUAAAUGUUACUAGCAGUGUAAGCAAGAACCUUCUAGCUCAGGUGAAAUUUCCUUCUAAGUUAAAUACAACAAACUUUUCAACAUCCAUAAUGUUAUGCUCAGCUAUUUCUGCUUAGAUAUUAUUUGCCACUACAACUGAAAAUAUACACUUACAUUGUGCCACCACCCUCCAAUCUAAACAGCCAACUUGUAACUCCUGAAAUCCCUCUCUCUGCUUCCCAGAACUCUUUUCUUUAAAAGUGAUGAUGUAUCAAGCUUCUGUAACACUUUUUAGACAGUAUAGAAAGAAAUUACAUAGGAGUCAUUGUGAAACUCUCAAGAGCUGUUAUCUCCAGCAUCUACACUUAUUCAGGGAAAAAUUCACAGCUUUGUCCAAAUUUAUCUGGAAACUCAAUGUCCAAAGACUGGAAUGCCCUCCAGUAACAAGAAGCACCAUUGAUAAAGCCACCUGCAAAACUGUAAGCUUUGCCUGACAGAAAAAUUUACAGGUAUCAAAACAGCCAAUGAUAUCACUUAACUGAAGUUCAGAAGUAUUAUUUAAAUACUUUGGAGGAAAUUUCUUCCGAGCAGUUUUCAUGUGCCUAAAAAUCCAAGACCUUCAUAUAAACAAAUGUCAUGGUCUUGUUGCUCCCUGAUGACUACCGAUCAAAACUAUGUGGUUUCGCUUACACUAUAGCAAUCCAGCCAGCAAUAUUUCUUACCUAUCACAUAUUUGUUCACAUGACCAAUUGCACCUGUACCUUUCAUAUAUAAAAUUUCAAGUACCACUGGAGUGAAUCAACUAAUUUCAUCUAGGUACACUCACACACACAUACAUGGGCACAGAUUUUACACUUCCUAUUACUUUUUUUUCCUCUGUACAUCACUAAAUAGGAAAUAUAAACUAACAUGUGAACUCAACAGAUUAAAAGAAACUUUCCCCGAGGUAAGUAAGUGUGAGAAAUUUUGACAUUGCUGCCUAACGCCCACACACUUUUACUAUUAUUAUAGCCUAAUUAUGAAACCCAUGACAAGCUGUUCAUACAAACUACCAGUGUUUGAAGGUAGCCUUGCUUUACAGUAUUUACUAUCACUUCCACUAUGUCCUAAAUAUUUAAAUCCUUAAAGGCUGAACAGUGCUUUUAAUUCAUUUUUCUAUUCCAAGUAUAAAUAUCUGUAAAAUCAUCAUAUUUCUCACUUUCCCCAAUCUUAUAAAAACUGGCUUUUUGGUAAGGAAUGGCCACAACUCAAUGUUAAUUUUUGAUAGAAAAGAUGUAUGUGUAUGCGUGCACGUUCACACAUGCAAAAGUACAAAUUUUAUAUGAAAGUAUCAAGAAAAUGCUUAUAGAUAUAUAUUUUUAAAUUGUAUGAGCAACAGCUGUCUCAUGUUCAUGUUUUACAUUUCAUUUCUGGCAUCCAUGAAAAUAUACCAAACAUCAUAACCCUUUUGAUACCAACCAGCCUGAGACUACCCCUGGUUCUAUGUUACAUAUUUUCUGUUUUAAACUGAUCUAAAUUAAAACCUUCCAUUAAAAUUUUAUGUUCCAAACACCAUAUGACUGUUAUUUUACUAAAUUCUUCAUUAUUUUCAAAUUGACAGAAUUGAAGGCAGUAAAUUUUCAUAGAAAUAUGGUAAUAAAAGGGUUAAACCUAUACAAGGAAGUUAUACAAAGAACUGUCCUCAUGAAAUUGCAUUGUUAUUUAAACCAGCCAUAUCCAGCCCAAAAGUUUUACCUGUUUUAUGUCAAACUAGCCAGAUUCAGCUUCUGGUAACUACCAUAUAAUGUCAUUUUAAAAAUAAACAAUCACAUCAAAAUCUCAAAGCUACAAGACAAUGCAUGAUUAAUUUAAAACUGUGUGAAUAAAUAAGCAUUAUGUUUCAGAGAAAGCUGAAUGUUAUAAGAUUAAGUAAUAUAUAUUGAUGUUGAAUGCUGUCAGCAUGAUGUAACCAGUUAUAUUAACUUUAUAUUUCUUUCUUAAAUGUUUUUACCAAAUAUGUGUGGCUUUAUCAUUCUUGUUGACUCAAUAUUUAUUACAAUUGAUAUAUACUGAAUUUUUUUCCUUUUACCUUUGUAGCUGUUGUUAUACUAUUUAAUGUACUACCAACCAAUAAGAGUGGUAGUAUUGUUAUAUUUGAAUCCGUCCAGUCUGCUUGCCAGAAGAAAAAUUAUGGAAAAAAAAAUUAUAUUUUGUAAUUUUCAAUACUUUUUAUGGACUUCUAGUCUGUAUCUUCUGAAUAUUAAACUUUUUCUACCUUUCUUUGAAAAUAAGGAAGAAGACAAACAAAAAAAUAAUGGCUGUGAGAAAAAAAUUGUCCACUUGUUGUAUGCACUUGUUACUUCUGCAAAUGAACUUAACAGUAUAUUAACUCUAAUUUUAAAUUCUAUAUUUGUUGUUGUUUAGCCCCAGGCCUGUCUUUAUCCAUGGUGGACCUAUGAUCAAAAGUAUUCCAGUUUUCUUUUUUUUCUUUCCAGGAUUGCAUUAAACAUGUUCUUAAUGCUUUUAAAAUGAAGUGUGAUUGGUUCUUGUUGCAAUCAAGGAGAGAUGAUAUAUAAAAAAAUAAUCUACCAGUAAUUCAUUGGGAUUGAUUCCCUUGACAAUAUCUCUUCUUUUAUAUAAAAACUUUGGCUGUCUAUUGAAAAGGUUGCAAGAUGCAACGAAAAUUUUAGGAAAAUAAAAAUAAAUAAGUGGAAAUUUUACCGGUGAGUGUGUUAAAUUAUAAGGCACAAAAAGAAAAUGACUCUCCCCAGACACAAUAGAACUUUGGCUGUGUUUUAUACAUUAUCGAAAGAAAUCUAUGCUACUUAUGUUAUUAACUGUUUCUAGGACAUUAAGUUUAUAGAAAUGCUUUUCUCAGAUGAAACUUUACACUAUCCCUCUACAUUUUGUGUUCAAUACCACCAGAGUCAAGUAUCUUUUUCACUCAAUCGAUUUGAAUUUUUAAAAAAAUUGUAUUAUACUUUUAAUUUGGUUGAGUUUAAUAAGUAUGAUGAUGAUGUGACUCGCAAAUUGUUGGGUUACAUGGGCACCACUAAAGACCUGAUUUCAUGUAGAAUAUCUAGGGUAAAUAAACUUGAAGCUCUUCCCCAUCAUCCGUCUCUGAGCUAUACCACAAGGAAGUGAGCCAAUGAGGGCUUCCUAAGUGGCGGUGACCAAAUCUUCAAAUAUUUGUAGUGUGUUAAAUAAGGAGAGGACACAGUAAAUAGCAAAGCAGUCCUAGAUAUCACCGAAAAAGACAAGAUGAUCUAAACUGGAAUACCUUUGAUCACAGGUCUUUUGAUCGGGAUGGAGAGGGUUCUAUAAACAACAAUGACUAAGCCACAAUAAGCUGAACUCAACUCUUGGGGUUAUUCAUCAGUUUUAUAGCCACUGUUGCCUUGAAGUAAGAGAGUUGCUGUCAGCCUAUGGUGCCUGUUUACAGUUUGGUGAUAAAUUAAGCCACUUGGGAGGAGUUAAAUGUUUUGACCACUAAUACAAUACAGUAUCAUUUGCAGAAUAUGAAUGGCUCAAUUGGCUGGCUUUUCAGUUACCCUAUCACUCCAGCUAUUUGUACUCCACAUGUGAUUAUACUGACAUCCUAAAAGCAUUGACUCUCUUAUGCUCCCUUUUCCUCCUCUCACCUUGCCUCCCAUGAUUCUCCUCCUCUUUAUUCAUUUAACUCAUCUUCACAUCUUAAAUUCCUCCAUAUUUUCCUGCUGCAUCUGGUUCUUCAGAAAUUUUUUUAUAAUUGAUGCCUCUGUAUUUUUAUCCUAAAAAGGAGCAGAAAAUGACAAAUAGUUGUCUUAGACUUAAAAAGUUUUACAGUGUACAAGUUUCUCUCCUCUAUGUUCUGAGUUCAAAUCCUUCAGUGGUAGGGUGGAGCCUAUAAAAUGAUUGCCUGUAAUAUCUGUCUGGAAAUGUCAAGUCAAAUCUAACUUCUGGUUGUGUUAUAGAUUGUAUAAAAAUAAACAAAGCUUUUACAACAAACGAAUGCCUUUUUCUGGAGUUUUAUAAAAUUGGUCCUUCUCUUGACUACUUGACAACCAAGAUUGACGAAUACAGAUUACCAUGUUUUUUUUUUUCUUUUUUUUUUUGUCACCCUUUAGCUUCUGAGAAUCAAUUUCAAGUGCCUAUACUUAUGUUUAUUAAGACACAGUUCAAGAACUGGCUGUCAGAGCAUAGAACAAAAUGAUUUGUAAUAUUCAUUCUGGCUUUGUGUGCCCUGACUUCAAAUCUCACUUCAUACCUUCAGCAGAAUGAAUAAAAUAAAAAUACCAGUCCAAAGUAGUGGAAAUGUGAGAGCAUUGGGUGAUAUGUUUUGUGGUAUUUGUUCCAGCUCUUUGCAUUCUGAGUUCUUGGAUGACAGGCAAGAUCCACAGUCUUGUUUAGUACAAUGACCUAGUUUUUUAGUGCCUUUAACAGAGUUCCCUCUAUUGCAAAUAUUCAAGUAUUCAGGUCAGGUCUCCAGUUUGAGGAUGACUUCUUUCCUUCCUUUCUACCAAUCUCAGAGGUUCUUAAAAAUCAAUGGUACUGUCCUCCCCUUACUGAUUAAUAAAUAAAAAAAUAAUGGUAUGUAACACCAUGUCUCAUAGUUUCAAGUGAAACCUGAAUUUAUUAAACAGGAGGAAUUAAAUAAACUCAGUUAAUGACUCACUUGUCAAAUCAACAGCUCCGCAGCUGCUACUCAGCAUAACAGGCUGAUCUUCCCCUUGGUUACCUAUUGAGAGCCAGUGGAACUGGCUCUAAAUUUGAGGGUUAAUUGUUUUGGUCAUGGACAUUGUGGAGUGCCAAAGAUCAUUCACACAAUGCUGACAUUUCAGCUAGUUUUUCUACUCAGCACUCUCUGUCAAUAAUACACAAGUCAUUUCAAUAAUCCGAACCUUUGCAACAAAAAGUAAAUUUAAGUGCCAGGUGAAGCUCUUUUCACGACAUUUACCCUACUGAUAUUCUUAAGAAAAGUUAGGAAUUGUUCAGUGUCCUGUAUCUCUCUACCCCACCUUCAAAAAAUACAGAGACUUUGUACCUAGUCAAAAAUCUAUGAAAUAAUGUAUCUCUUUCAGAUUUAUUGAAAAUUAUCGUAAUGGAAGUUUUUUUCUUUUGUAACCAUCCUCUUGCUUAUUUUGAUGUUUUUUAAUAAUUUUGUUUUGUUGCAUAAAUGAUAGCAAAACUAAUUUAAAUAAAACAAUGAUUUUCAAAAUAA